AUGGAAUCUUUAUUUAUAGAUAACAAUAAAAAUAGUAGUACUAUAAGUACUAACAAUAAUAAUAGCACUAUAAAUAAUAACAAUAGAAAUAAUAAUAAUAUUGAUAUUAAUAUUAUAGAUAGUACUGUUAAUAAUAAUCAGAUAUCGCCAAAACUAGAAAUAUUAUUUUAUAAAUGUUGGCACAAUAUAAUUAUUAGGAAUAAUAUAUUUAGUGAACAAACAAAAUUAAAAAAAAUUUAUUUAUUUAGUAGCUCAAAGAGGUUUUCAUUCAAUGCAAAUACCCUAUUAACAUUCAAAUAUAGAGAAUAUUUAAAAACAAUUCAUUUAGCAUCAUCUAGCUAUGAAUAUGACCCAUUCGAUUUAGAUUUGGUAGAAUAUAAAAGUGGUAAAAUUAGAGCUCCAUUUAUUAGAUGUAAUGAUAUAAUACCACCAAACUACAUACCAGAAUCGGUAGACAAAGUAAUUGUAGAUUCAAAUAUAAUAGAACCAAGAUCACUUCCAGAAACCAUUACCUCACUUAUAUUCAAUUGCAAAUGUAAUAUUAAUGAAAUGUAUUUAAUUCCCCAAUCAGUAAAGACCUUGGAAAUUAAUUUCAAGAUUACAGAGCCACUUAAAGAUUUCACUCUACCAGAAGGAUUAGAGACUUUAAAAUUGGUAUGGUUUAACCAACCAUUACAGCCAAAGCAAAUACCUGAUAGUUUAAAGGAGCUUAGUUUGGGCGUAACAUUCGAUCAAAUACUCAAACCAGGUACAUUUGGUGACAACUCUCAAUUAGAGUCACUAGAGUUUGGAUAUGAUUUUAAUAAGCCAAUCUUGUUAAAUGUUCUACCGAAAAAUCUAAAGGUUCUCAAACUAGGUCAAAGUUUUAAGCAGAUUAUUAAACCAGGUGUUCUUCCGGAUAGCCUUCGUUCUAUAGUCUUCCGAAAUCCAGACUAUAACAUCUAUAAUUUACCCAAGGCUUCCAUACCAUCCACUGUAGUUUUAAUUCACCAUGGCGGCGAAAUGAAAUCAAACCAAUUAUAA